GUGCCUUAACAAACAAUUCAAAAUGAUGAAGACUGUGAUCUUGAUGUUGGCUCUGGCAGCCGCUGUCUAUUCAUCAGCUAUUGACGUCAUCCCACACUACAGCAAGUAUGGUGGCCAUGGAGUCAGCAGCAGAUACUUCAAAAAAGCUCAAGGUUUCGGUUAUGGUUUAGGUGGUCUUGGAUAUGGCUACGGACUGGGAGGCCUCGGAUAUGGUGGUCUUGGUUUGAAAUACGGAGGUGAAGGUCUUGGAUAUGGGCUCGGAUAUGGCGGUUACGGUCUUGGAUAUGAUGGUCUCGGAUAUGGUGGAUAUGGUUUGGGAUAUGACGGAUAUGGCUUGGGAUAUGGAGGAUAUGGCUUAGGAUAUGGAGGAUAUGGCUUGGGAUAUGGUCUUGGCUAUGGACUGUAAUUUAGACAACUCUUACUGUGAUUCAAAAACAAAGAAACGUGUGAGGAAAAGCGAAACUGAGCUGGAAACCGCAAAGAAACCUGUAAUAAUAAGGAUGUAAAAUAAUUUAUUGCGAAGUGCUGCUAUAGCUUGUGAUAAUAAAUGUCAU